UCAUUUCCUUACUAGACUACAAACAUUUUUUUAAAGCAAUCACGGAAUGCAAAUGAUUUGUAAUAAGGGGUUUCAGUAAUGCCGUUGUUUCAGUGGCCGAAAGAAAAUCAACAGCUUUAGCAAUCUUAUUACAAUUCAGUAAGAUAUUGUUGAGCAAGCAAUCACUCCGCCGUAGAGAAAACAGGAAUGGAUCUGCUGUUUGGAUUGUUUAAAAUGGUGAUCUUCUUGCUACUGUUUAUUUCGUCAAUGCUCAGCACAAAUGGAAUCCUGAUCCUCUGCUCGUUUCCCAAUUGGGCAGUUUAUCGCACAAAGAUUGCGGGCCUCGGUCAAUACACAGUUGAUAAUAUCGAUCCUCAAUUGUGCACACAUGUAUUGUACCAAUUUGCCAUCCUCGACAAGAAAACCCUUGAAAUUUCGGUCAAAGAUAACACCGUUGACAUCGAUAACAACUUCUAUGAAAAGUUUGCUGCAUUAAAAAAUAAAAACUCCCAAUUAAAAACGAUGAUCACUCUUGGCAGCUGGGAAGACGCUAACGAUGGCACGGACAAGUAUUCCAGACUGAUUGCCAAUGCGUCCACCAUCGACACAUUCGUCAAUUCAGUAAUGGCUUUCCUUCAACUUCAUCAAUUUUCUGGCCUGAAUUUGGAUUACGAUUAUUCUUCAAAAGCAGCCAUCAAGGAUGGCUUUUCUAAUUUGCUGAUAGCACUGAAGAAUGCUUUCAAACCGAAAGAAUACUUGCUGAGCGCCGUCGUUCCAGCGUCAGCAUCAACGUAUUCUUCAUCACUCGACGGCGACUACGACGUUUCUAGUUUGAAUGAAAAUCUAGAUUUUAUCAGUCUGAGGACGUUCUAUUUCCACGGAGAUUGGGAGCCAACCAAAGCCGAUCAUCAUUCACCUCUUCGCAAACGUCCGUGGGAAAUAGAUAAUAAGAAUUCCGAUUUUGCUGUUACUUAUUGGAUUGGCAAAGGUUUGUUAGCCAACAAAAUCGCGUUGGGCAUACCGUUUUUUGGAUUGAGCUGGUUGCUGUCGUCCGACAACAUUGUUCCACCGGCUGCUGCCAGUGGCGUAGUUCCUGCUAGAGGUGUUCUAGGUGAAGCUGGAAAAAUGGCGUAUUACGAAAUCUGCGAUGCUAUUCGCACUAAACAAUGGCACAGAGUCCAAGAUCCGAGUCAAGCAAUCGGACCUUAUGCCGUUUCACCAAACCAUCCCCGAACGUGGGUUGGUUACGAUGAUCCAGAGAUGGCUGCUGUUAAAUCCCGAUACAUCUUAUCAAAAGGCUUGGCUGGAGCCUUUCUCUGGGACAUAAGCUAUGACGAUUUUCGGAAUACUUGCGGGGGGGGAUUCAAUCCCAUCACUACGACCAUUUACAAUACCCUGAAUGGCAAUUGGCAUACGCCUCAUCAGGAUGGUGGAGGUACUAAUUCUUCUGAAUCCGUUGACUUCUGUGAAUGCAUUUGCCAUUUGGCUGCGAGUAUCUUGGCAUCAUCAGAGAUGGGACAAUGGCCAACAUUGUUGGUGGUCGCCGUAUCAUGGACUUUGUGUAAUGUUGGCUUCGCCUCCGCAGCCCCACGUUUGGUUUGUUAUUUCAAUUCCGGUGCAAGUCUUCGUAAAGGUAAUGGCCAAUUCACGGUCGACAAUAUCGAUCCUUUCCUGUGUACUCAUCUGAUCUACGUCUCGGCAACGUUUGAGGGUAUCAUCAAUGCAGGGAAACAAGAGGGCCUUGGGCGAUCCAAGAAUCUGGAUCCAUCUGUCACCAAAUUCGUCCAGUUAAAAACCAGGAAUCCUAAAUUGAAAACAAUGGUUUCCGUCGGUAGUUGGAUUGGCUACCAAUCGACUCAAUACGUUGAGAAAGUGACAGACAGUGGCAACAGCAUGGUUGCCUUUGCCGAUGCAGCUGUGCAAUUUCUUUCUCGUUACGGAUUCGAUGGAUUAGAUUUCUCUUGGCCAUGGGAAGAUGUUACGUCUGCUGCCAACAAUCCCCGCAAUUUCGUCCGGUUACUUGAAGCCCUAAAAAAUGCUUUUAAAUCCGGUGGAUAUCUGCUCAGCAUUGCCGUCAUAGCCAACCACUCCGAUUCCAGUUAUAACAUUCCCAAAUUAGAACGCCUAGUGGACUUUGUCAACUUGAAAUCGUACAACAUGACUGGCAGUUGGAAAUCGAUGGCGGAUCAUCACGCCCCCCUUUACCCCAGAAAAUGGGAGGGUCCUGGAAACGAAAACAACAAUGUUGAUUCUAUGGUGUCUUACUGGAUCAACCAGGGCUUUUCAGAGUCCAAAAUCAACAUGGGUAUCCCUUUUUUUGGUAAUAGCUGGACUCUGUCGUCAGGAGCUUACAAUCCACCGGCAGCGGCUUCAGGUCCAGGAGCAGCCGGUCCGUUCACUGCCACGCAAGGUGAAUUAGCUUUUUACGAAAUCUGUCAACAUGUCCGAGUCGACAAGGACUUUAAAGCAGUGCGGAGUUCCAGCCGCUUAAAUGGGCCAUUUGCCUACUCUUUACAUACAUCUGGGAGGAUUUGGGUUGGAUAUGACGAUACCGAUAUGGUCGUCUAUAAAGGCAAAUACAUCAUCUCCAGGCAACUUGGGGGAGCCGUCGUUUGGGAUAUCUCAAUGGAUGAUUUUCAGAAUUCUUGCGGCACCGGGAGGAAUCCAUUGCUCGUGUCUCUUUCUAGAACUCUUAAUGUUAUGGAUCGAUAUGCCCAGCCCUUCUUAUCCGGCUCAUGUCGGCCUUCGAGCUUCAAUCUUGCCAACUUGUCUUCUGUGAUGCUAUUGACGUUGAUAAUUACAUCUUACCUACUUGUAUCCCCUACCUGUAUAAUGCAGGUCAAGCGAAGUCAAGAAUAAACAACGUUAUCCCUGAA